GCGGAAUUUCCAAAAUGGCUGAAUUUUUACGUUUUACUACUCUCACAGAUAUAGUCAUGAACAUAUCUUCCUACUUGAAUGAUUAUACUUAGAGUAAAUUAUGGAAUUAUGUCUAGAUUCAAACAUUUUCCAUGUGCUGUACAUGGAUUAAUUUUUGUUGCGUCCGUGGGCGAUAAUUCGUCCAUAAAUGUCGGUGUUUAUCGAAUGUCACAAACUUCAAGAGAGAUUGUGGAUCAUGAUUCGGAAUCUUUACACCUGCAGUUAAAACCAGAUUGUGAAACACAGAUUGUGCAUUUUAAAACUUGUGUAGAGCCUGACACGGGGUUAAUCUUACCAGUACUUGUCCUUUUAAUUAAAAGUAAUACUGCAACAGUGAAAAUCAGAUCUGCUGGUGGAGUUAAAGCAUCACGUUUGUACAUUUUUGGCAUCAAGUAUGACGAACAUAAAAAAGAAAUUUUACCAUUACGAUAUUUUCAUGUUAAUGGUCAACUUUGUGAAGAGAUAAAACUUUUGAAUAAUCUAAUAAUUACAUGGAUACAGAAUGGAUUGAUACACAUAGCGGUUCCAUCACCUCACAACAAAACUCUACUCUGUAAACAUGCUUUCCAAAUUAGUAAACAUUUAAAAAAUGUAACCAAUGAAGAGUUGAUAUGGACUGGAAAACCACAAGGAAUUUGUCAGGGUUGCUAUCUUGCUCUCUGUAGGGUUACUAAACAUGACACACCAUCUGAUGGUGAUAUUUUUCUUGAGAAUCAUGUCAGCGUACAAUUCUUGUUGAUCCUGUUGACUGAAAAAACAGAUGGACAAUGGUGUAAUCAGGAAUUGUGUGUUUCAGAUAUAAUUCCAGAAAUGUAUUCUGCCAAUCUGUUAACUCUCUCAGUCAUUACCUGUAAAUUGAAACAUUCAGUAGCUUCAGCUAUAUGUGCAAACAAAAGUAGUGCUAUAAAUCAAACAUCCAUUGAUAGCCAUGUAAUUGCAUUAAUAGAAAAUGGUUACCUUCUUGAACUAAAGUGUGGACAAAUUCAGAGAUGUUUUCAGCUCGAUAAUCCUUGUUUUCAAAGUCAUUUUUCAUUUGAAAUAGCAGGCUUGUUUGGUACUAAUAGUAUAGAACAGUUUGCUGUAAUCAAUGUGCAGACUUCGGAUGGAACAGAAUGCUUAGCAGUGGAUUUACAGAAGAGAAAGGUCUCUCAUCACUGGACGAGUACAGGAUACAUACUGACUGGAGAUUUUAUACGUCUGGGAACACAACAGCUCCUGGUCUUGUUUAGUGAUUGGUCUUUUCAAUCUUGUUCUGGCUCCUGGCUGUUGACAGACUUUGGUACAACACAGAUAGAUACAAGAGAAGCAACAGAUGCUUCAAGUACAAGCACCGACACAGACUCUUCAUCAAGUGUUCACGCUGUAGUGAAAGCACUUGCUAGUUGUUUGCAGAAAUCAAAAAUCAGUCUUCAAGAGGAUGAGAAUGAUCUGUUAGUGAAAAAAGAUUUUGUCGAGUCAAUGUGGAGCAGACUUCAACAAAGAAGUACUGGAGGUGGCAGUUCUGGGAGUCCAAACCUAAUGGUGCCAAUGGUUACGUUAGUUGAUGGAUGUCAGAAGUCAAGCAAAUCAGAAACCAGUCCAUUGUCAAGUAGAAUUCAAAUUGAAUUGAAGCAAGUCUGGCAGUUUGUUAUUGGAGAAAAGUGGGUUGUUGGUGUCACAGUAGUGAACAAUUCAAAGAGACCUAUAUCAGACUGUGUCCUCUCUUUGGUUUCCAAGUCAUCUGGAUCGACCAGAUAUGUCUCACAGUCACGAUGGCCUGUGACGUCUGGUGAUAAAAGCACUGCUCCGACUGUUGUCAAAUCUUUUCACAGUAUGGCAAAACGGCUGAAGCUGGAUGUUAAUGCUUUACCACUGACUAGCAGGGAUAAGAAAAUAAUCCAACGUAGUAAAUCGGCAACUGUUGCAUGUUGUACAGCCAUGCCGGUCAUCAGUUUUGAGAAAGAAAUCCCAUUCAGUGUGAUUCUGCACUGUGUUGAAGUACAAGAGCCGUGCACACCAGGUUCCGGUGAUGGAGAUGUAAUCUCCGUGUGUUGUGGAGAGGUGGCGAUUAAUGUCCACGACUACACUGACGGCAGAUAUUCCAUAGAUUUGAAAAAAGACACAGUUGCAGCAGAAAAAUGGGAUUCUGUCAGAGAAGCCAUGGAUUGUGCCCAGCUGUCGGUCCUUCUUAAAGUCUGUUCCACGUUCAGUUUACUGGGAAAUAUGAAGUCAUUGCUGACACAGCAGGCUGGGUUCAUCUUUCAUAAGGAAUUACAGUCAUACAUCUGUUGUGAUCGUGAGGUUCUCAACUUGCUCAGGAUUCAAGUCCACACAGUCAAGUCAUCAAAGGAAGUCAUUAUUCAGGUAUCAACUAGGGAUGAAAGCCAAAUUCUCCUUUUGGUCCAGUACUUGUAUUCACAUUUUCCGGAUGACAUUACUAUUCUACCCAGCAAUGAACACCGUACCCAGAACGUGGUCCAGAAUUCACUAUCUUGUAUCACAGAGGAAAUUCAGUAUGCUAUGUCUGGUGCGCGGGAUUUGUUAUCUGUAGAUGAUGACAUCCAUCCAGAAGCAAAUGAUGUCACAGAGAGCACAAGUGUUGAUACAAUCAGUAAAAUUCAAGACCGGUUUAAAGAGCAACAAAACAAGUUUGAGAACCAGUCAAAGGGAUAUGUGGCAAAGGAGAAAUAUAACGAGUUUUGUAAACAGUUACUGGUGCAUGAACUGAAAACUGAUGAAAGUUUCACUUAUGUUGACAAUUUGUGAUUGAGUGUAUUGGGAAUAUUUUCUCAAUUUGAAUAUUUUACUGAUGGUAUAUUUUUAGUGUUGUUGUUGUAGUAUUCCUUUGUUCAAACAAGUACAUGCAGAAUGCUCUGUUUGAAAUACAUGUACAUCACAAUUAAUCAAUCAGUGUGCUCUGGUGGUGUCGUUAAACAUAACAACCUUUACUGUAAAUCAUAUCUUAAAAAUCUAGCUGAUCUUAUGUGCGAUUUGUAUUGAUGAUAAUUUUUUAACCUACAUAAAUCCAUAUGUAUGUUCAUGUCUUCUAAUUUGCAUUUGUGUAUUUUUAAAUCAUAUGUUGUAAUUAAGUUUUUAUUAUGUCAACAGGGUUUGGGAUCUUGUUCAUUUGGUAGAGCACUUACCUGAGAUGCUUGGGUCAUUGAAUUAAAUCUACUUAUGGACCCAUUGGGUUUUUUCCCUUCCAACCAUCCUAUGACUGGUAUAUCAAAAGUUGUGGUAUGUGCUGUCCUGCCUUUGCAUAUAAAAUGUCCAAUCUAAACACUUUGAGUUGGAAUUACAAAAUGUUUGGCAUUCAGUAGCCUAUAAAUAAUAAAUCAAUGCAGACAAACCCAGAGGUAAUGUGCUACCCUGAAAAGUUUUGUUUAAUGGGAAAAGGGACCACACUAACUCUUGAAGAGUGACUUAAUUUGUGCAAGUUUCCCCAUCUGCAGCUGUGUAUUGCUAACAAUUAUCAAGAAUGAUGUCACAUAUAACUCAUCCUCGUUUUUGAAGAACAUUUGUUUAGCAUAGGUAUUUUAUUGAAGUGCUUAUGUGAAAGCUAAAAUAGGAAUAACGCUUUUUACUCAUUAUUGGGAAUACUGAUUUGGUAAUAUAGAUUAAACCAUAUUCCUUAUAGUUAACAAUUUUAUUAUAAAAUUAAUCUUUAAAUUUAUGUAUAUUUUGGGAAAUAUUUUUUUGAGUUAUUUAGUAGAUAAACUGUUGUGUGAUCCUGCAAUUAAAAAUGUUUAUGCUGUUUUAUGCUACAGUCAUAAUCUUUGAACAUAUCUGAUUAAUAUUUAUCUCUAUGUCUGUUUUUAUCCUUGUAAAGAAUAAGACUUGAAAAUAAAAAUAUUUUAUU